ACCGACACUAAAACGUCCCGGCCUACAAAUCAUUCGGCCAAAUUAUGAGUUCAUUGUAUUAUGCCAAUGCUUUAUUCUCCAAAUAUCAAACUGCGACUUCUGUCUUCCCAUCCGGAGUGUUCGCAGAGCAAACUUCGUGCGCUUUUGCAUCCAGCGGGCAGAGGUCCGCAGGAUAUGGAUCCGGCUCCGGCACUGGCUUCGCCAGCAGCAUGCCCGGGCUGUACAGCAGUGGGGGCGGCAUGCACCCCCAACCCGCGCCCAUGUACCCCUCUGGCUACGGGCUGGAGGCUGCCACAUUUAACAUGCACUGCGCCCCCUUUGAGCAGAAUUUGCCCCUAAUGUGCCCCACUGACUCUUCCAAGCCGGGCUGCACCAAGACCGAGCAGAGGGACUCAGAGCUGCAGGGGGACAAUAACUUCAGGAUUUACCCCUGGAUGAGAAGUACAGGCACAGACAGGAAAAGAGGCCGGCAGACUUACACGAGGUACCAGACCCUAGAAUUGGAGAAGGAGUUCCACUACAACCGUUACCUGACCCGCAGGAGGCGGAUUGAGAUCGCCCACGCCCUUUGUCUGACCGAGAGACAGAUCAAAAUCUGGUUCCAGAACCGAAGGAUGAAGUGGAAAAAGGAAAACAAAGCUUCCAGCCCCUCCACAAACAGCCAAGAAAAACCCGAGACCGAGGAAGAAGAGGAGUGAAAGGCGUCCCAAAAAGACUGGUGAUCCCCAGAGACCCACUGGAUUCCCUGGAUCCUGUUACAUACUACCUAGAUUCCUUUUCUACUAUAGGAUUAGCUACCUAUCCCAUGUUGUGAGAGAAUAGAUCCAUUUUAUAUGUGAAGUUCAUUUAGCAAAGUAUUUGCAAAGUGUUGCAAGUUCUCUGAGUCUACCUUCUCCUGGGGGUCUUGAUAAUCCCCCUCAGUAUCACCGUGUGAUUUAGCUCAUGUGAAGUAAAUGUGAAGGGAAUCUCCUAUAUCUAUUCAGGAUUCUACUGUAUUGUGUGUAGUGCGAAAUAUUCAGGCCCUAUGGUGACAUUAUUGUGUCAAUAGGUAUUUUAACAUUCCUGCUCCCAAAGUCUUCCUAAAUUUAUCGUGUAAUAUUUUUGUGAUAAGAAAACUGUUGUAUAAUUAAUUUUUAAUUUAAUUUAAUCAUAGCCUUUUAUUAUGUGUUUCUCAUUUCUUGAAAUGCGAACUUCUAGUAAUAUGUAAAAAAUUAAAAAUAAAUAAAAACUUUACAAAAGUUA